CUCUCUCCACAUUUAAUAUAUGAUAUGUAAUAUAGAUGUCACAUUGGGUGUUUGAUUCUAUUGACACUAAAAGUAAUUGAAUUUCGCUAGAAAAUGUGAAUAUAUGUUAUUUUAUUUGUUGACAAUAUCAUACUCAAUGCUAGUGAAAAAUGAAAUGAAAUAUUGGCCAUUAUUAUGACCCAGAAGUGUGCUCAUCAUAAAGGACAAGCCAAUUUCUGAUCAACCAAAUAAUGAUGAUAAAAAGUUGCCGCUCAAUUUCUCCUCAAUCAUUCAAGUUGGUGAAAAAUAAAUUUAAUUCAAUUUCUUUACCCUUCAUAUUUUCUUUCAUUUCCUCUUCUUUAAUUCUUGCAGACCCAAUUGAUCCUAUAUCUUUUACUAGAGACAAGAGAAAAGGCGGCAAUAAAAACGGGAAAUUCUUUUAUAGCUUCACUCUUUUAGCAUAUAACAGGAAGUUAAAUGUUGGUAAAUAUAAGAAACAUAAUAAAAGUAGUUCUUUUAGCCAAUGAGAUAAAGCAUGGAAGGUGCUUGUCCACACAUUUUCUCUAGGGCAUUAUCAUGGUGCUACAAAGGCACUCUUCUGGUCAUCCAAUUUAAUUAAUUUUAUCCUCCAUCCUAAAUUAAAUUUAGUUAUUUCUUUUUAUAUACACCCUUACCCCUACUCCCCCAACAGAUUCAUAAAUAACUUAUCGAUGAUGCUUGAACAAUUUCUUUAUGUGCCUGAUGUUUUAUAUAAUUUUUGAAUGGUAAAAUGCUAUAUUUUUGGAUAUGCUAGGUGAUUUCAAAGAAGGAUAUUGUAUAGGCAUUGAAGUAUCUGAAGAGGAUUCUCAUGCAGAGAAGCCCUUUUAUGGUCCAAAUCAGUGGCCUUCAGAAGAAUUUUUACCUGGCUGGAGGCAGGUUAUGGAGCAGUACCAAAUAGAGGCCUUGAGAGUGUGCAGGACAAUUGCUAAGUUUAUAUCUCUUGCACUUGAUUUAGAGGCUGAUUACUUUGAUCAACCGCAAAUGCUAGGCGAGCCCAUUGCGGCGAUUAGGCUUCUUCAUUAUGAAGGUAAAGUUUCUGAUCCUGAAAGGGGAAUAUUUGGAUGUGGAGCACACUCUGAUUUUGGUUUGAUUACUCUCUUGGCCACUGAUGGUGUGGCGGGUCUUCAGAUAUGCAAGGAUAAGGAUGCCCAACCUCGGAUUUGGGAAAGUGUCGCUCCUUUGAAAGGAGGUUUCAUUGUCAAUAUUGGUGAAAUGCUUGAGCGGUUAAGUAAUGAUUUUUUCAGAUCAACAUUGCACCGUGUUGUAGUGGAUGGACAAGAACGCUAUUCUAUUGCCUUUUUUGUGAACCCGAGCCAUGACUACCUUGUGGAGUGUUUACCGUCGUGCACUUCGGAGAUGAACCCUCCCAGGCAUCCGCCAAUAACAUGUGCUGCAUUCAUAAGCCAGCGAUACAAAGAUACGCAUCCAGACCUGAGCUCAUAAGAUGGGCAAAAAACAAGUAAAUAAAUGAUAUGAUGUUUUGAAACAAAAUUGUAUAAUUUUGAAGCAUUGUAACAUGAAUAGUCUAUGUGAGGAAGGCAUACAAUUAUUAUGUUAAGAUAAAUUUAAU